AUGCGCGAAUCCAACUUUGCCUUUCCCGCCCAGAACAGGGCGUGCGUUUGCAUAACCUCCCAGCUUUAUGAUCGCAGAGCGCUGGAUACGAAUGCGCCGCUGCCGCUGUUCAACUCGCUUACGCACCUCACUUACCUCACAUCCACCUCACCUCGCAUCCGCGAGAUCAUGACCAUGGACGGCGGCCUCGAACGACUCGUCCGUAUCAUUCACGAUUUUUGUAUCUGUCCGCCACCUCCUGAGAAUCCGGCACUAUUUUACGGUCUCCAAUCUCCUUCAUCCCAUCCCCCAAAGCCCGUGCCCACUCUCAUCCCCAAGUCCUUCGACCGCAGUGCUCAACAGCGGUUUUCACUCGCUCUCCAGUGCGUUGUGAAUAUCGGUGUGCGUGGAAGCGAGCCGAUCCGGAGCCGCGUCGUCCAAGCCGGUACGCUCGAUGUUGUCGGCUGCAUACUCGAAGCAUGGCUCGCCGGAAGGGGCUUCGCCGUCGGCCCCAACGUGAGCGCGAAUGGCAUGCCACGGGAGACGCGGGAACGGAGGAUGGCGCGGAGGCAGGCUCAGGCCGAGAUGCGGUCGCGCGAUCACACUGCGGAGCUCGACAGGGCACUUCAGCGCCAGAUCGCCCUUGACCGUGCCAUCAGGCUUGAGCGUGCUGCGACUGGCGAAGAUGUCGGGCAAGAUGAUUCUAUGGAUAUUGACCAGACAAGUACCGAAGACACUGAUACACCAACAGAUACAUCGACCGCCGUUACUCCUGGGGGCAUCAGAGGACGCAGCGGAACCAUCAUUGCACGCUCGACAACAUUACAUGCUACUAGCAGCACCCACCGGCGCAGUCGUCCAUUCAUGCCGUCGGCUUCGACUUCUGCGGAUAACUCUCGACCUGAGACCGAGACAGAAGACGACGGAGACGUGGAUAUGGACCGCGAGAGCAGCCGUGAGAUCGACCCUCCUUCUGUCUCAGUCUCGCCUUCUCCGGAGCGCCGUGACUCAUCCGCGGACACUGGGACUGUGCGGGCUGUACCCGUGCGUUCUCGUAGGCUUGUAGGUAUAGUUUCGGACACCCCUUCUGCGACAGCGACUGUUGCAUCUCCCGAUCUGAAUACCGACGCGCACAUCAUCAUCAACGAACAGGGUGGCCUCGGUGAGGGCGUCAGCGUGGAAGACGGGGUUGUAUCUCUAGAGCAGAACGACGAUCUAGCGAUGGGUGCGCCUCCUGGAGCACCAGGUGCAAUUGACAACCCGGCAGGCAGAGCGGUCACAGACAUGCACGGAUCUGCAGGCGAGCGUACGCCUCGUGCGAGGCCUGCAACUCUGCCGAUGAUGAUCCCAAUCGCCACUCCUACAACAACCCCUACCUUGCGCGUUACAGGUCCUGGUGAGCCUGCACGCACAGUCGCACCGGGCACCGGGCGUGCGCACGCGAAUCGAGGCACGAACACUCCUCCGACGGGCGCGGCUGCAGGUCCCACUGGCGCUGCGGGACAACACACGCAUCACCAUCCCCGCGAAGAGUUUGGCCCAUAUCGCGACGAAGAUGUCCUUCUCAGCCUGCAACUUCUCGCGUAUCUCAGCAAGUAUCCGUACGUCCGUCAGGCGUUCUACAAGCCUCGCCCGACUUUCCACCCGGCAAGUCUGAACUACCCCACAGGAGACGGCCGCGUGUCUCAGGCAGUGCCUGGACCAAGCGGUACCAGAUCGAGCAUGACAAACCCAUCCUCGUCGAGCUCUGUGAGCGGAUCGAGUUCGUCUGUGCAAACGCCUGUGAAGGAACCGAAUUCGUUCUUAAGGGCAUUUGCAUCCGCGACUGGGCGCGGAAAGGAGAAGGAAAAGGCUCCUGCAAGUCCAGGGGCAUCAGGAUCUACAUCUCCUGUGCCACCCCAGCAUAUGACGAACGUAUUCUCGCUGGUGGAGAGGUUCACAUUCAGGCACAGUUCUUCGGAGCUGGACUCGCCUAACACUCCGCCUUCACUCCCUCCAGAGAUCCAGUAUUGGGCGGGCGUUAUCAUGCGAAAUGCGUGUAGGAAGGACGACAGCCGCGGUGGGAUUCGACAGUGCGCUAACAUGUUGUGCGGAAAAUGGGAAACCUUCCCGCGGGAGUUUGCGAAAUGCCGGCGAUGCAGAAAGGCCAAGUAUUGCGGCAAGGAGUGUCAGAGCACGGCUUGGAGCGAGGGUCAUCGGUUCUGGUGUAGCGCGAAGGAUCCGGAGGAGGACGGGGACCACCAUCAUGGGCACGGCGAGGGCUCGUCACGGUCUGCAGUGACGACAACAGCAGGCGGCACGGUUACGGGACGUGCGGAGCGUAGAGCUGAGAGGGAGCGCGAGCGGCAUGCACGGGCGGUGGCAGCAGAGGCAAGAUUGGCCGAGCAUCUUGGUGUGCGUGCCCCUGGCGGUACCGUUCAGAAUCCUAUGCGUACGGCGGUGUCUGCGAUAGGUAUUGAUCCCAACGCUACGCUUGCGGCGCUCAAUGCGCCACCGCCGACGCCGAGGGCGCCCAUUUUGCCUCCACCUGCAGGCGCGUGGGCGCCGCAACCGCUGACCGCGCGCCCUCUACGUGGAGAAGAGAUGCCGCCGCUGCUUUCAAGAACAGGAUUGGGGUUGAACCCGCCGACGGAGAGGGGAGAUGGCGAGCCAUCACGGGAGGCGUUACGCCAUCUAAUGCAUUUGGUGGAAGGUCAGCAUGAGACGGACAGAGGUGAGGGACCUACGGUGACACCGUUCAUUGGGCAGCGGAUGGAGGAAGGAGCGGGGGAUGAUCUAAUGAUUUUUGAUUGA